AUGGAUCUCGCCGCGGAGGAGCUUCAAUUCCUCAACAUCGGAGGCAUAUUGCGUGAAUCCACCACGAUCCCCAAAUUUUCCCCCAAAACCUUCUACCUCAUAACCCUAACCCUAAUUUUCCCUCUCUCCUUCGCAAUCCUCGCGCAUUCCCUCUUCACCCAGCCGAUCCUAGCUCAGCUCGAUUCCGCUCCUCCCGCCGAUCCGUCUCAGACCAACCACGAAUGGACUCUCCUCUUCGUCUACCAAUUCUGCUACAUCAUCUUCCUCUUCGCCUUCUCUCUCCUCUCCACAGCCGCCGUCGUCUUCACCGUCGCGUCGCUCUACACAGGCAAACCGGUCUCCUUCUCCUCCACAAUGUCGGCGAUUCCUCUCGUUCUGAAACGCCUCUUCAUCACAUUCCUCUGGGUCUCUCUCCUGAUGCUCGUGUACAACUCCGUGUUCCUGCUUUUCCUGGUGAUUCUGAUCAUAGCCAUCGAUUUGCAGAGCGUGCUCAUCGCUGUUCUCUCGAUGGUGGUGAUUUUCGUUUUGUUCUUGGGCGUUCACGUUUAUAUGACCGCUUGGUGGCAUUUAGCUAGUGUAGUCUCUGUUCUUGAGCCGAUCUAUGGCAUCGCUGCGAUGAAGAAGAGCUAUGAGUUGCUUAAAGGAAGAACAAACAUGGCGUGUUCGAUGGUUUUUAUCUAUCUUGCUCUCUGUGGAGUCACUGCCGGAGUUUUCGGAGGUGUGGUGGUUCGUGGAGGGGAUGAUUACGGGUUGUUCACGAGGAUCGUUGUUGGAGGUUUCUUAGUUGGUGUUUUGGUGAUUGUGAAUCUUGUGGGGUUGCUUGUGCAGAGUGUGUUUUACUAUGUCUGCAAGAGCUUUCACCAUCAGGCGAUUGAUAAAUCUGCGCUUCACGAUCAUCUUGGUGGGUAUCUUGGGGAUUAUGUGCCUUUGAAGAGCAGCAUUCAGAUGGAGAACUUCGACAUUUAG